AUGUCUCUAUCAGCUGAUUAUGAACGACUCGUUGAUUUAUAUCGAAUUGUUUUUGGGGAUGGCUCAGAAAGAUAUAAUUGCUCUUCGCGAACUCAGAAUGAAUGGUAUAAAGAAGGAAUUGUUAGUGUUGAACUUGGUAUUUAUUAUAUUUCAAGCGGAAUCAUUUUUCAUAUUCUAGCUAUUUUAGUUUUAUAUUCAAUGGCAACUUCAGAAACUUUCAAAUUAUCCUGUUUCAAAAUCAUGUUUUAUAUCGGUAAAGGAAGGAUUACUGUAGAUAAAAUUUCAAUAGAAAGUUUUAGGGUUUUAUUGAGAUGCUAGAACUUUGGAGCACUUCAUUUUUCAACGGUUAUAUGUCAAUUGUUGGUGGUGUUUUUUGCACACAUCCAAAAAUUCAAAUAAUCAAUGGAAAAUUAGCACUUUGUAGGUUAACAUAAAACAUAAAGAUUCCGUAUCAAAAUGUUUGAGUUUACUGGCUAACAUCAUCUCUUGCUUGCAUGUUUUUGGCAAUUAAUCGAUUAUCCGAACUCACAAAAAUUCGAUGGCUGAAAAUGAUAUAUGAUAAAGAAUGGAAAACGAGGGCUCUUAUAGUUUUCAUAAAUUUGUAUGGUUUCUAUUUUGCAAUUUUCUACGAUACUCCAGUUUACAAUUCAAAACAUGCCACAGUUUUAGUUACUCCGCUGAAUGAUUAUGAUGUUAGUAAAACUAUUGGUAGGAUAAUCCUAGAGGAUUUUCCACGUGGAUUUUUGCACAGUUUUUUUUUUGAAAAAAGUUUCGGCCGUGUUUUUAGCAAUCAAAAUUCAAUCAUCUUCCAAUUCAUCACAAUCCAAUGGUUUGUUUGUUCAUGUUCCUUUUAUAUGUUUCAAUUUGUUGUUCAACUCGAAAAGGAGGAAUAUCAAAUAAUUGGCAACAUGUUAACAAACUUCACAGAAACGUAAUCAGUUUUUUCUUGAAAAAAUCCAGCAUCUUCUUCAUUUUUAGCUUAUAAUUCAAUCAGUUCUGAUAUCAAGUCUUUAUAUAGUUCCAUCUGCUUUUGUAUUCUAUGCAGUUUUUAUUGACAACACAAAUUAUUUUAUAAUGUGCAUGGGACAAAUCACUUAUCAAUGA